AUGAAACAGGCUCAGCCAAUGGAAGCUGAUAUCGACCCGUUCCGACUACUUCUACCAGUUGAUACGCCUCCAACUCUUCCCGAUGAAGUCCCCUCAGUCUACGAUAGUGCUGCCGUCGAGAUGGAGAAGAACAUCAAGAAGGUGGUGCGCAAGCUGCUUAAGAAAGAUAAAGCUCGAUUAGUGGAGUUCAAGAUGAAUUCGCGGCUAUUUGGAACCGAUUUCAUGGAUUCACACGCCUACCUGGACACGCUGAUUAAAGACUUCGGACGAAUUCGCGCGUUGCAACUGGUUCCCUGCUUGCUGAGCGUUCAACCAGAUAUUUUGAAGGGCAACGCGUUGCUUCUUACCGCCAAAAACUACUCACUGCGGAACGAAGAGGCAUUGAGACAAGAGCUCCGAGAGUUGCAGGUAGCGAGUGUGAUGAACACACAAGUAACAACGAAAGCGCCAUCAUCUCGCGCACCAACCUCCCCUUCCAAGGCCAAAAGAGUCGCUAGCCCCAAUUCAGCCCCAGCACGCCGCGUGUGUAGUGCUUCUGAAGCCCAACCUGCCAACGCUACUGUCGAGUAUAUCAGUUCCCCAAUCGCGCAGUCUCGAACUUCUGCAGUUCCUCCACCGUCAACUGACAUCUCGAGUCAGAAGAAGCCGACGCUGAUCAACUCCGUACAGUGUUUGGCAGCGACCAAGACCACUGCAACCAAACCCGUUGAACCGAUGCCAGAACCCCAAGAAGUGGCUCCGCCUGUGAUCAACGUUGCUGUCGCUGGUCCAAUUCAGCAAGUUCUUGCUCCAAGUCUAGUCGCCAUGAAGCGCGCCGAGUCUGCUACUAGCGAAGAAGAAUUUCGCGUCGAGAACCUCUUCGGAGAAAUCAUCAAGACUCCCUCUCCGAAGGAACAACCACACAAACAGAGCGGCACGGAUGCUCUCGUUGCUCCGGUAUCGCCCACGUCCUCGAUUCAGAGUUUCGAAGAAGCUGAAAACUUGUUCGGUGAACGUCUGUCCUCGUCCUCUCCUUCAAGCGUCAGCCGGCGAAAGACUGUAACGUGGGGUGAAACUCAAACAGUCGAGGUCCCGAUCCAACGGGACGCUCAGGUCAAGACAACAAAGAAGCCGCUGCCGUUCCUCUUCGGCCCCGCCACCGCAGCCGCCUUCGACUCGGACUCGGACGAGUCAGACUUCAGCGAUUGA